CUCUUCUCUGUUUCUUCAUCUCUUUGUUGUUUCCUUCUCUUCAAUUUAUCAAAACUUUGCACCUUCACAUACUAAAACAACUCAAAGCUCCACGUAAGAGAUACAAAUUCCAAUAUGAAGAGAGCCAUUUUUUCAGUUUCCUUUCUUCUUGAGGACCUCAUAACUUACCAUGACUUGUUGAAGUGUUACCUCCUAUAAAAUGAAAUAGGAAUAAUAUAUUUCUUACUUUGGUGAAGAAUUAUCUUUUCUAUAAUGGGCAACUGCUUAUUUUCCUCUACUAGAGUGGAUUCCAGCCAAAGCCCCCAGGCAACUUCCGCUUCUGGGAGCUCAAGAGUUUCCAGCAAAACUAGUCGUUCUUCAGCUCCUUCAAGCUUAACCAUCCCAUCUUUCAGUGAUUCAAGCAGUUCAGGAUAUCUUCCAACACCAAGGACUGAAGGGGAAAUAUUGUCAUCCCCCAAUUUGAAACCUUUCUCAUUCAGUGACUUGAAGAGUGCCACCAGAAACUUUCGUCCUGACAGUCUUCUUGGGGAAGGCGGUUUUGGUUAUGUUUUUAAAGGAUGGAUUGAUGAAAGCACAUUAUCUGCUACAAAGCCUGGAUCAGGGACGGUUGUUGCUGUCAAGAAGCUCAAACCUGAAGGUUUUCAAGGUCACAAAGAGUGGUUGACUGAAGUUGAUUAUCUUGGUCAACUUCAUCAUCCAAAUCUGGUUAAGUUGAUUGGCUAUUGCUCAGAGGGUGAAAACCGACUUUUAGUCUAUGAGUUCAUGCCGAAAGGAAGCUUAGAGAAUCAUCUUUUUAGAAGAGGGCCGCAGCCACUUUCUUGGGCAGUGAGGCUUAAGGUCGCAAUAGGUGCUGCUAGAGGGCUCUCGUUCCUUCAUGAUUUAAAAUCCCAAGUCAUUUAUCGCGAUUUUAAAGCUUCUAAUAUAUUACUAGAUGGGGAUUUCAAUGCAAAACUUUCUGAUUUUGGAUUGGCCAAGGCAGGGCCUACUGGUGAUAGGACUCAUGUGUCAACUCAGGUCAUGGGUACACACGGCUAUGCAGCACCUGAAUAUGUUGCUACAGGUCGAUUGACAACUAAGAGUGAUGUAUACAGCUUUGGAGUUGUGCUGCUUGAACUAUUGUCCGGACGACGUGCAGUGGAUAAAACAAAAGUUGGCGUGGAACAGAAUCUUGUAGACUGGGCGAAACCUUAUUUGGGUGACAAAAGAAAAUUAUUUCGAAUCAUGGACACCAGGUUGGGGGGGCAAUACCCCCAGAAAAACGCUUAUACAGCUGCUACCCUUGCUUUACAAUGUCUAAGUUUUGAAGCCAAACUCAGGCCUAAAAUGUCAGAAGUUUUGGUAGCACUGGAGCAGCUCGAAGCCACCAAAACUGCCUCCAAAUACAAUCAAUCAGAUCAGAAAUCAAUUCUACUUCCUGUUCAGAAAUCUCCAAUGAGACAGGUUCAUUCACCUAUGCAUCUAAAAACCGGUGGAUCUCCAUUACCAUCUCAUAAGUCAUCCGCAUGAACACAUUGAUUCCACUUGUAAAUUUCCUAUGCGUAUGCAUAUCUUUUUUAGUUGCUUGUAAAAUGUAAUUUUGCAUUUCAUGUGACAAAUUAGCAUAGCCUUUGUUUCAUGAGGAUUACAGUUUCUCAUUGUGAUAGUCAGCUUCUCUCAUUGGUAUAAUAGUGCAUUCACUUCCA